UGGACGCGCGUUUCCCAGCAUCUGGUCCUCAUUAGAGGAGCCGAGUGUAUAAAGCGAGGAGCUGACAGGGGGCUGGGAACACUCGACUUGCAGACUGGAUCAUGGGCUUUACUGCGUGGCUGUGUUUGCUCUGCCUGCAGGCGAGCGUCUUGUCUCACGCGCUUGACUGCUCCGGAGGAAGCCUGGCCGACUUGUGCGUCAACACGCAGACGGCGGACGAGCAGACGGGUGAUCGGGGCCUGCAGCAACCAAUACUCGCAAGUGUAGAGCAGGUUCCGCUCAGGCCGAAGAGACGGGUGGAGAGGAGGAGCCACGCCCGCCCGGGUCACUCCAGCCUCCCCGGAGCUUUCUCUGUAAAAGGCUUUCCAAAAAGUCUCAUCCAGGCGGACAGGUCCAGGCGACACUUGGCUCAAGCUGCGAAUAAGAAGAAGAACAAGCGUAAAUCCCGCGUCGGCUCCUUUUCACUCCUUAGCAACGAUAAGAAGUCCAACCCCCUACAGGUGAUCAGAGCCAGAAGGCAGGUGAAGAACCAGCAGCCCAAAUAUGCCAAAUCCGGUCACACUGGGACUUUCUCUGUCCUGGGAAAUCCGCAGAACGGAAGACCCAAGAGAAGCUUGAGGCCAAUAACAGCAUAGUGCGACGCCGUUAUUCGGGCAAAGUCGACCUACACGGGAAAGCCAUGUGUCCAGAUCUUAGAAGGAAAACAAAAAUACAAUCUCACAAGCAGCUCAUUGGUUUGUGUGUGUCCAUUGAGACCGUUUCAGCUCUAAGAGAGUCGAUUGAUCAGUUUGCAAUUAUAUGCUAAGGUUCGAAUAUGUUACAUGCUUGCAUAUUAUGAAAACACUCAGCAAAAGACUCAUGAGGCUUUGUUGUUUUUUUUAAUUAUUAUAUUUUAUUAGAUAUUGACGGGUAUAUUUUUGCAUACGUGUUUUGUUGUUUUUCACGGAUAUUUCAAUAAAGGUUUAGUGAAGAAAGA